UCAAACAGAAACUAACCAUGAAAUCACGAGCAGAAAAAAUACGAUGUGUUACGUAAACGGGCAUCAUGUUUGUUUUUACGUCUUUGAAAAACAUUCAUUCGGGGUUAAUCUAAGAACGAACAACGAACAUUGGAGAAAGAAAGAAAAUACUUUCCAUUUUUUGCUUUUAAAUUUCAAUCGAUUUCGUAUUGAGAUGAUUUCUUUAAUAGCUGUACAGUUGUGUUGUUUUCUAUUGACCACGAAUGCCCAUGUGGAGGACUGUAUUGGACAGCAAUGUUCGGAAGUUGUAUCUAUUCCUCUACUAGACAACAUGAAGGCCACACUGAAAGCUGACCUGGACGUUGCCGAACUUAAUAAAGUUUUGCAUAAUUAUAUUCAACAAGAAGUGAUUAAAGCUGUCAAAGGAACAUUUGACACUCAAAUGGAGAGAGCUGUUGAACAAAUUACAGACAACGUGACAAGAUUAACACAGUCUAAUGUGAAUGCUGUAGUUGAGAAAUUUCAAGAUUGUGAGUGUCAGAAAAGGUUUAUUGGAUUUUCAGCCUAUAUGUCUGACGGCUAUGUGGUAGCUCAUAGUCAAUCUUUGACCUAUAGGAGUACGUUGAUUUUUGACAAAACAGAAACCAACGCAGCAUCUGUGUAUAGCGAGACAACGGGUGUCUUCACAGCACCAUCUACCGGAAUGUAUGCCUUUACCUGGACAAUAUGUGUAGAUUCUAGGAUAAAAGAUGAAGAUAUUGGGGAGUUCGGAACACAGUUGAUUGUUGAUGGACAGCUUUGUGGAGCAGUUCAUGCAGAUACAGAAAAAUCCAAGGAUGACGAAUGUUCUACAGGAUUUAUAAUCAAAAAUGUAAAGAAACAUGCUUAUUUGAGAAAUAUUUAUGGGCACCAAGGUGCCAUUCUGAGCAAAGCAGGUCAAACACGAACAACAUUCUCAGGUUGGAAACUUAACUAACCAAUAAAUAUCAAGGUUAAAAAAGGAUAGUAAAAAGUGUUUUAUAGCUUAUCAGACUAUAAACAAAUCUUAAUUUGUUGAACACUUAGAACUGCGAUUAUAUUUUAACUUAAGUGGUUUUAUGUAUAUCAGAACAGUAAUGGAUAACAAUGCAUCCAGAUCAACUAAAUGCAUUCAAGAAUAAUCUCAUUUUAAGAGGAAAAAAUGUCGCAAAAUAAUAUAUUUUCUUUUCUGUGUGUAAUAUAACACUAAAAAGUAA